UUUUAUGUCAACGAAACGAAAAACAGUUUUUGGACUUUGACAAUCCAAAAAAAUUGACAGACACAGACUACAAAUCAUUAUUAGGAAUCAGCAAGGAAAGUUUUCGAGAACUUUGUGACUCUGUACAUGGUUUUGUGAAGAAUACACCAGCAAGAAGCUUAACUACGUCUGUGGCAAUCUUUUUUUUGUAAAAUGAAAACUGGACUUUCAAAUCUGCUACUAUCAACUUUAUUCCGCACAUCAAAAUCCAUCUUUAGGAGAGCCAUUCAUGCAGUCAGAAAAGCCUUGUUGACUACAUUUGUUCCAAAAAAUCUUGUUUUUUUUUCACAUUUCAAGAGAUGAAAUUAUCAAUAACCACACCAGACCUCUUGCUCAAUCUUUAUUUGGCAGUGUAGAAAAAAAUUCAAUUCAUCUUACUAUUGGAUGGAACUUACAUAUAUGUGAACAAAAGUAAUAAUUUUCAUUUCCAACGAAGAUCAUUCAGUAUGCACAAAGGGAGACCCCUCAUUAAACCAAUGGUGGUCGUUACAACAAAAGGAUAUUUUGUCUCCAUCUUAGGCCCUUAUUUAGCGGAUAAAAAGAACAAUGAUUCUUCCAUCCUUACACACAUCAUCAAGAGUAAUGCUGAAAGUAUUCGCUCCUGGCUUAAUGAGGAUGACAUCUUCGUUGUAGAUAGGGGCUUUAGAGACGCUCUUCCUUUGCUAGCAGAUUUGGGGAUCCAGGCAGAGAUGGCUAGUUUUUUAGAGGCUGGUCAGAAGCAGAUGUCGACCAAAGAUGCCAAUAUGAGUAGACUAGUGACAAGGGUCAGUUGGGUGGUAGAGUCAUCUAAAAUGCCCGUAUCAAGAGAUGGAGAUAUCUGGACCGUACACUACCAACCCAUCAAAUUCCAUUCAUUGGAGACUAAAUUCGGAUUGUCUGUGCAGUAUCCAAGUAUGCAACAGAUUUUCACCUCCACUAAGUCCUGCAAGCAGCAUAGAGGAGGAGGAUCUUUUAUUGAGGAGAAAGGACUGCAAAGAAAAACUGUUGUAUGGAAAGCGACCUCUGAAAUGGAUUUGGGUUCAUUUCCUACGCUCGAUGAUGAAGAACUCAGAAAUCUGAACUGUGGUACUUACCAAUUAAAAUUAUCCUCCAGUUACAUGCAAGAGCACAUAGAUGGUGAAAGCGACAUUUAUUUCCAUGAAGAGGACAACCUUGUUCAGAACCAAGAUCCAAAGUAG